AUGUUGUCCGUUUCCGCGCGUUCGACAUUCGGGGUUCGGCCGCGGAGACGUGCCCACGGUGUACCACGCGAAUUCCCAUUCGUGAUUAGCCGACUGACCAUUGGCUCCCGACUAACCAGAUCCGGAAAAAGUUUCUUUGACCCGACUACGUUGGUUCCGCAGAAGGUGUUCGAGGAAUCGUCCCAGAUUUCCAAGGCGUUCCACAGACGCUGUCAGCCACUUGGACAACAGGACGUGUGCCAACAUGCCGGUUCCCAGCUUCAUCCAAUUUGCAAUAAAUCCACUGGACGUGAGCCCCAAGUGUUAUUCUGUAAUCAGGUGUCAAUUCUAAUAAAUUACUCAGCGGUCCCACUCCCAAGUUGUCAUGCCACCCGAAAGAGGCACGAGGGCUGGAAUACUGCCAGGUUCCCCAAGCCCAGACAGGGGAAGUCUAGAGCCAGAGGUCGGGUUAGAACCACGGACCUUCCCGUCAGAAAUCGACCGACAGAGACAAAAAGAGUCAUAGCUAAAGUGAAGAAGGAUUCCCCAAGCAUUCAACAAAGUCAAAGACAAUAA